AUGUCUAACCGCUAUGCUCCACUGCCCAACCCACGCACAGACCCGGAGAACACCGAGCUAGAGGCUGCCUUUGACGAGUCUGACGAGGAGGAGGAGGAGGAGGAGGAGGAGAGAGGGAGAGAGACCAGCAGCGCUCUCCCGCAUUCGCCCGAGUCACAUCCCCUCUACACAUCCUCGCCGUCGCCGUCCUCAUCCCGGCCAGCCCGGGUCCCUGGUGCGUACGACUUCGAGAACGUGGACUACGAUUAUCCACCCCCCGGCUCUCCCCCGGCACCCUCUGCCGUCGCCCUCCCCAAUAACCACGGAAACUCAAACGGCGUCAUCCCCGUAUUCACCGUCGACAACGCCCCACAGCCUCCCCAGUCAUCCCGCAGCUGGUUUUCGCGCACGGCCGCAUCCGUCCUUCCAAGUCACUAUGUCCAGCGCUGGGGUUUCGUCCCUCACCGACCUCUCACUGGCCUCGUAGGCGGUGGGACGAACAACGACGGUGUCUUUGCAAAUGUUACUGCCAAGCCUUCUACGGGUGUAGUAAUACAGGAUGGUGACGAACGUUAUCUUGUCCCAGAGGAGACUCAGUCAGAGGCACCUCCCUCUUAUGCCUCUGCUCAGGCAGAUGCAGUUCCACCUUAUUGGGAGACAACGGUUCUCGCUCCCUUCUCUCCUUCAACACCUGGCGACGUCGUCGUCGACUCGCUCCCUACUGGCUCUCUUUUCUCCUUCCUCUGGAACGCUCUCAUCUCCGUUUCCUUCCAGUUCAUCGGUUUCUUGCUCACCUAUCUUCUGCACACUACCCAUGCCGCUCGUUUCGGCAGUCGUGCUGGCCUUGGAGUCACACUCAUCCAGUAUGGCUUUGGCUUGCGUGCACGCUUGGACGAUAGCAAUAUGAUCAUGGCUGAUGGUGUUGUUGCCAAUGGUCAAGGUACAAAUGACCCCUGGCGUUGGACUUCUGCUACUACGGCAGCACCCACUUUUUCGUCAAAAGCCGAAGCAGACGAGUACUACGCAAAUUACUUGAAUUCUACUUCCGCAGGCGGUGUUCAGAUGGACGCCAAUGCGAUGGUAUCCGACGCUACCACCGAAUGGCUCGCUUUCUUCCUAAUGACGGUCGGGUGGUUCGUUCUGCUCACAUCUGCGUUGGGCUAUUGGAGGGUGAAGAGAUGGGAGAGAAGCAUUCUUUCAAGCUCUGCCCCUUCGCCACCGUCGAGCGAGGGUAGCGAGCGGAGAGGUGCUCUUUCCUCGUUCGAAAAUGCGUUUGGAAUCAGUCUGCUAUCACGACGUCGGUCCGGCCGUAAUACCACUGCUGACGCGCCUCCUUCUGCUCCCCCGUCUGCUCAUUCGAAUCCGCAGAGGGCCGAUGAAGACGACGAAUCGGAUGGCGAAGCAGACGAGAUGCGUCCCAUGUUGACUAUUACCCCAGAGGAAAUGCAUGCAGAUCCAGAGCGUACGAGGAGGUUAAUACUUGCUCUUGAGUCUGAGAGACGUUUGCAGAACGAUCUUAGGGCAGCUGGAUUAAUUUAG